AUGACCAAGUCCGACCACUACCUCUCCCUCUGCCUCUCGCAGGCCGCGCACUCGCCGCUACACUACCGCCACGGCUGCGUCAUCGUCCGCGGCGGCAAGGUCAUCGGCGCCGGCCACAACGACUACCGCCCGGGCUACGACGGCGGCGCGCUCAAGACGGGCGUCUUGCCCAAGCAUCAUCCCAAGCCCAAGCGAAAGCCCAAGAAGAACGACGGCAAUCACCACGGCUUCCAGGCGCCGCCGCCCGUGCCGCAGCCCGCCGCUGGCCACACCUUCACGCCGUUUGAGGAGAUGGGCCGCGGCGGUGGUGGCUACGGCAAGCACGCCACGGCACCAUUCAGCAUGCACGCGGAGAUGAUGGCGAUCGCCGACGCCGUCGGCCGGUCGUCGUCGUCGUCGUCGCAGAAGCGCCGCGGCGCGCUGGCUCGCAGGGCGCUGGAGGGCGAAAAACCGCGCGCCAAACUAUCGGGUGGUGGCGCUUCCAAACGCAAAGGCGCAGUGCUCGAGCGGGGAGUGCUCGAGCGCUACGUCGAGAGGGGCGUGAGGGAGGAGUCUGGUGGUCACCGGCUUCAUCAGCGCCAGCAUCAGAGCCGGGCAGUGUCUGAGUCUGGGCGAGGGAAUUCCACCAAACACACCACCAAGAAUCAGCUUGUAGGUCUCAAACGCCACGCCGUCCUCCUCCCAAAGCGUCAGGCCGGCACCACGACUUUUACUCCUUCUCGCCCCACUGUCAAGGAUCGCAUGAAGCACCGCUAUCUCGUCGGUGCUGAUCUAUACGUCACACGUCUCAGCAACAACUGCCCCACGAUGCUGUCUGCUUCGUCCUCGAAGCACAGCGGCUAUCCGAAGACGGCUUUGUCGACAGUCCAGCGGUUCAGUGAAGGGAUUCCAGAAAAUUCAAACAAUGGGAAUGAAGGCCAUGGUAUAAGGCCUGUGCAGACACCGCUGACGGGCUCGCUGCAUGAUGAGUUGACGUACAAGACAGCAGCGGCGACAGUGGCCGCCGAUGACGUACAGGAUGAGGUGCUUUUGGGAAGAAGCAACGCGGCUGCGUCCAAGCCGUGCUACAGGUGCGUGAAUUUCAUGCAUAACGUCGGUAUCAAGCGAGUCUUCUGGACGAACGAUGAGGGCGAGUGGGAGGGGGCGAAGAUAAGGGAUUUGGUUGAUCAGUUGGAAGGUAUUGGGUGUCAGGACACUUCUGAGGGUGAAGAUGAGAGCGGAUGCGGGGUAUAUGUUACAAAGCAUGAGGUGCUUAUGCUCAGGAGGCUAUUCGGGGGGUAUUGA